AUGGACACUGGGCCCGUCACCGUGAAGAAGAGCAAGUUCCGGAAACUGAAAGUCGCUCGCCAGCGCCUGCUCCAACGCUAUGAACACCAGCCUUUCGUCUCCUGCCUGGCUGGCUUGUACAGCUGUCGCUGGAGAAGGUACCAGCGGGAAAGGGCGGAGCCAGGUCAAUGGUGCUGCUCUAAGCGGGAGUGUGCCUUUUACCCAGUGUUAGUUUCAGCAUUCUGUUUCUCUUUCAUCUUUCUGUACUUAUGGGGAGAAGGACGGAAUGACUACAAUAACUUUGACUGGUUCAACUAUAGCAACCUGGGCAUCUGGUUUCUUUGGUCACAUGUACUGCUCGUCAUGGCGGCCCUCUCCUUCUCCUACAUCCUGCUCUUGCUGAUCCUUGCCAUGUGCCUGGUGUCAGAAGGUCAGCAGCUAUACCUGCAUUACUGUCACAAGAUUGGGGCUGUGUUUGUUUUGGUCUUCUCCGCUGCUGUCUUAACUGUGAUCACAGUACUGUGGAACGUACAAUGGCAGACGGUCGUCCUCUCCGUGCAGGUUACCGCUCCCUUUAUGCACGUGGGCGCCCUCCUCGUCAUGGUUCUGUCGUCCUGGCCGGUAGCCUUGUAUACCUUCCGGUUGAACAAAAAAGGUACAGUGACUCCCGUGAUGGUUUCGGUCCCCUACCUGGCUCUGCUUUUCUUUCUCUUCUUCAUUCCGCUAGGGAUAUACUCCCCUUGCAUCCGGGAGGAAGGGACUUUGGGCCCUAAGCCGGCUCUCAUUGGCCACAGAGGAGCGCCGAUGGUGGCUCCCGAAAACACGCUCAUGUCAUUUGUGAAAACCGUCGAGCACAAGGGUGACGGUUUCGAGACAGAUGUCACAAUUAGUUUUGACGGCAUCCCUUUCCUCAUGCACGAUCUGACUUUGGAGAGGACGACCAACAUUCAGGAGCUCCAUCCAGCGAACGCUAACGACAGGGCAUCCAUGUUUACCUGGGAUGUGUUGAGCAAGCUGAACUCUGGGAAAUGGUUCUUCAAGAAUCCGCCCUUUUACAGCAUGCCCACGAUGCCUUCCGGCGAAAGAGAGUGGGCGGAAAAGCAAACGAUUUACUUGCUGAGCGACUUCUUGAAGCUUGCGGACCGAGACAACAAGCUGGUCAUCUUUGAUCUCUAUCGCCCUCCUGAGGAUCAUCCGUACAGGGACAGCUGGAUCAACAGGAUUUUGGAAGUGGUCCUCAACGAGUCGAAGAUCCAGCCCCAUUUGGUCUUGUGGCUGGAAAACAUGGACCGGUCACACGUUCAAGCAACAGCCCCUGAGUUCCAGCAAACGUACGGUAAAAAGGCUCCUCUCGAAGUGCUUCGAAGUGAGAAAAUCGUGAAGCUUAAUCUGAGUUACAAAGAGAUGUCUGCCGAAGACAUUCGGAUGUACGCUGAAAACAACAUCACCACCAACCUCUACGUGGUCAGUGAACCCUGGCUCUUUUCCCUGGCCUGGUGCGCUGGUGCUCAUUCUGUCACAACCAAUGCGGUGCACACUCUAAGUGGCAUGACGAAGCCUGUCUUCCUGAUGACUCCCCGGGAUUACCAGAUCAUGUGGAUCCUCACAGACGUGCUCUCGGGCAUUCUCGUCUCUCUGGUGUUUCUGCUUCACUGGUGGAGAGAGAAGGGUGCUUCCUGUUUGCCUGGUAACAGCACCGAUAGUCUUGCAAAUGGCUCUUACAGCACCUUUGGAACAGGGAUGUCGGCUUUAUUGUUGGAACGUGGCCUUCCAGAAAUGGACUAUUCCUCAUAA